AUGGGACGCGGCUCGCUCUAUACAGCUCGGUUUGCUGCCAUCAAACGCAUCGUUGAAGAAGAUCGCUGUUGGCGUCUUUUUGAUGCUCGGGAUCAAGUACUGGGACGGCUGGCUAGCCGCGUGGCUUGCAUCCUUCUGGGGAAGCAUAAACCUUACGCUUUGCCGUACGUGAACCCUCAACCUGGCGACGGGGUUAUCGUUAUCAACGCGCGACACGUAGGCCUCACUGGAAAGAAACUAGAUCAAAAGCUCUACCGUCACCACACAGGGUACCCUGGUGGCCUCAAAUCGGAACUUGCUCGGAGCCUACUGGCUCGAAAACCGGAGCGCGUCAUAGAGCUCGCUGUUCGGAGAAUGCUGCCGCCAGAUCGUCGACGACGCAACCUCGUCCGAGACUUGCUACGAGUUUAUCCGGAUGAGAAGCAUCCUUUUCCGGAGGAACAGCUUGUGCACAUGGGUCUUGUUUGGCGUCGAGUUGGUGAAGGCGGGAUCGCAGACGACACGGAUGAGGAGCGGUACCGUGCCCAAUUCGAGUUCGAGUGGAAUCGUCUUGUUCUGCUGGCGUCUCCUGAGCGGGUGCGAGAAAUUCUCCGGGAGGAGUUUGCAGCAAGCCGAGUCAUCGAAAGAAAAGAGGUUGCAGAGCAGUCCAAUGAACGGGAUGAAGACGCUUUCAGUUCGUAG